AUGUCAUUGCCUAAACAUCUACAAGAAACCUUCUCUCCAGAAGAAAUUCAAUUCAUUGUUGAGAAUGAACCCAUAAAGAUUUUCCCACGUAUAACCACACGUCAAAGGAUAAACCAUCGAGAUCAUAAUAAUAAUAAUAAAGGACAUAAUGACACUUCAAGACGAAAUUGGAAAUUAAUCACUACAAAGGAUUUUCCUCUGAAUAAUAUGGUUGCUAUGCAAACGACAACUGUCACUUUAUGGAUAGCGUUACUAUUAAAACAACAAUCAAAAUGUAGUAUAAUAGCACCAGACUGGUUAACUAUAAGGUCAUUAGAUCAAAGUAUUCAAUAUGAGAAGAAGCAUGAGGAUAGGUUUAGUAAACUACCGUGGAAUUGGCUAGUUUUGGCACAAUUAUUGUUUGGUAAGGCCCCAGAUGAUUUCCAUGAUCCAGUUCACGAAUUAAGGAACAGAAUACAAGAUUUAAGAGAAAUACGACAAUUGAAAGUCUUAAAGGGUUUGAAGUAUUUGAAUGAAUCACAUUUACAAUUGGAUAAUUUAAGUGUAUUGGAGAUUAAUGAAUUAAGACCAUUUAUUAUCGAUAUUAUGGAUAAACUAAGAGAAUUACACAGUGCAGCUCACGGAGAAUCCAAUGCCAAUGAGGCAGAUGAUGAAGAAGAUUUUAAUUUCAGUUGA